GUUUAAAAUCUGCUCGUAAACCCUAAUUUCUUUUUUUUUUUAAUCUUGUUGUCUUUUUCUCACCCAGAUCCUUAAAAACAUUCUUCACCAGACAUUUAGUAAGUGCUUAGAAAUUUUCAAGAUUUUAAUAUCCCAUCAAUUUCUCGGAAUCGUUUCAGCUUGGGUAAUCUAUGAUACUCCAUGGAAGAAAUCUGGCACAGUUGCAGAAAUGGCGUAGCUUUAGUGUUUCAGUCACUAUUCUCCUAAAUGCAUCCAAUUCCUUCUCCUCCGUUGCUGAUGUGCGCCCCCCUAGAGAUGUUAGCAAAGGUACCAGCUUUACCAUCUCUUACCUCAUCGAUUCACUGGGUUUCUCCACAAAACUUGCUGAAUCAAUCUCGAAGAGAGUGAGCUUUGAGGACAAGGGCAAUCCAGAUUCCGUUCUUAGUCUUUUCAAGAGUCACGGGUUCACAGAUUCUCAGAUCUCCACCAUCAUUACCGAUUACCCACGACUGCUUCUACUAGACGCUGAGAAAUCACUCGCUCCCAAGCUUAAUUCCCUGCAGUCUAGAGGAGGAGGAAGAGGAGGAGCUUCAGUCUCUGAGAUCGUCUCAAAUGUCCCCAAAAUCUUGGGUAAGAGACAAGGCAGAUCUAUCAACCUCUACUAUGAUGUUGUCAAAGACAUUGUAGAAGCGGAUCACAAGUGUUCCGACAAAAAGUCAUCGACAGAUGGUCGGUGGGGGAAUAAAAUCAGAAAUGUUUUAGUUUUGAGAGAUUUAGGUAUGCCUCAAAAGCUCUUCUUACCCUUGCUUAUAUCCCUUGCCGAACCCAUCUGUGGGAAACAAAGAUUCGAAGAGUCCCUCAAGAAGGUCGUGGAGAUGGGUUUUGAUCCCACCACCCAGAAGUUUGUUACAGCUCUCCGCAAGCUUUACCAAAUGAGCGACAAAAAGAUAGAAGAAAAAGUUAAUCUCUAUAAAAGUUUAGGCUUCACUGUUGAAGAUGUAUGGGGAAUGUUCAGGACUUUUCCAUGCUCUCUGGCUUACUCUGAGAGGAAGAUAACGAACACAUUUGAAACGUUUCUAGGCCUAGGAGUGACAAGAGACGAGUUCGCGAAGAUGGUCAUGACCAAUCCUCGGUGCAUUGGGUUAUCUGAAGAGUCAGUGAAGAAGAAGACUGAGUUUCUAGUGAAGAAGAUGAACUGGCCACUAAGGGCAUUGGUUUUGCGACCUCAGGUAUAUAAUUUCAGCAUGGAGAAAAUGAUUGUGCCUAGGUGUAACGUAAUCAAAGCUCUCAUUUCUAGAGAGGGAUUGAGUGAACCCCCUCCGCUUCCAUCGGUCUUUGCAUGUACAGAUAAGGCGUUUUUAAACAGGUAUGUGCUCAAGUUAGAUGACAAGGAGCUUGUGGCUGACCUGAUGGCUAUCUUCACCGGGGACUGUGCUUCAUAGAUCUUGUAAAAGCAAUCUACAAGAUUACAAAAGCGAAGCCAAAACUAUCGUAUUUUUCUUUCAUCUUUGAAGAAUUCAGAAUCCAAUCACUUGGCGCAGAACAAAGUUUCAAAGAAGUUUCGUUUUGCUUUGUGAUGUGCAUAUCUUGUUUAAGUGAUUAAUCCCAAAAAAAAAUUGGUGGGGAGAGUUUAAUAACCAAAACCCAAUUGACUAGUUACUAACCGGACCAGAUUGUUCUGGUUUUGUAUAAUUAGGCUGUUAUGUGAAGAUGACUUGAGUAGCAAUGAGGAUAAAGCAAAGCA